GCGUGAGCAAUGGCGGCUGCGGGGACGAUGGCGGCGUCCUGGGAGCGGGAGGCGGCGGCUGAGGCGGAGGGUCGCGUCCGGGCCUGGGCGGAGGCGCAGCGGGCUGGCGGGCGCCGCGUGGCGCUGGUGACGUCCGGAGGGACGCAGGUGCCGCUGGAGGCCCGCGCGGUCCGCUUCCUGGAGAACUUCAGCAGCGGGCGGCGCGGGGCGGCCUCGGCGGAGCGACUGGCGGCGGCCGGCUACUCCGUCUGCUUCCUGCACCGGGCGCGCUCGGCCUUCCCCUGGGCGCGCGUCCUGCCGCCGCCCGGCCCGGCUCUGCUGGACCUGCUGCGCGUGCACGAGGAGGACGGGGAGGUGCGCGUGCGGGACGGGGCGCUCCCUACCCUCCUGCCCGCCCUGCGCGCCUACGGCCGUGCCCGGGACGACGGAGCCUUCCUGUCCUUGGAAUUCGCCGGCCUGGCCGAGUACCUGGCCCUGCUGCGCGCCGCCGCCCGCGCCCUCGCCCCGCUCGGUUCCAAUGCCAUGUUCUACUUGGCAGCGGCUGUGUCGGAUUUCUACAUCCCUCCAUCAGAGAUGCCCGAACAUAAAAUCCAGUCUUCUGAUGGGCCCCUCCAGAUAACCAUGAAGAUGGUACCCAAAAUGCUGUCUCCGCUGGUUAAGGAAUGGGCCCCUGAAGCGUUCGUGAUCUCCUUCAAGUUGGAAACCGAUCCUUCAAUCCUGGUUGAGAAAGCCAGGCAGGCCCUGGCCAAAUACAACCACCAGGUGGUCAUUGCCAAUGCCUUGGACACUCGAAGGACCGCGGUGAUCGUGGUCACUAAGUAUUCGGAAACCCCGUUGUCCAUUUCGGAGGAGGAAAUCGCCCAAGGCAUAGAGAUUGAGGACAAGAUUGUUGGCCACCUAGUAUCCCAGCACAGAGCCUUUAUGGAAAAAUGAUUCCCUGGUGGAUAAAUGUGAACUUUUCCAAGUUCUCAGCUAUAAAUUUAAGAACCGCUAGGAGCUGGUGAUAGUGAAACUGGUGACACUGGAACACUUCUAUUUCCUGUGAACAGAGAUCUCUUAAUGGGGGUCAAGGAGGCGAAAUCUGACAGAGCUUCCUGGUUUCUUUGCACAUCUCCAGGCCUGUUUGCUGCUCAUUGGUGGGAAAGUUUAAAGGACAGGAACAUUCCAAAUGACAACUCGCUCUGGUGUGUGAUUGGUACAAUCACACGGGUUGGCGUUUUGGAGACCAGACAGACAGCAACUUCUCUGUGUGUGUUUUUUUUUUUUUUUUUGCUGCCUUGGUAAAAAUCACUCAGGAAAAGUUGAAAAGCAUUCUAGUCAAUUUCUGAAUGUUAUUCCAUCUUGAAUUAAGCCAGUUUGCACAAAAUAAUAGUUUCUGGGCCAGUAUGUGGAUUGUUGACAUCUGGUAUCCCAAAAUUAUUAAUUGAUCAAAUAAUAGAUCCAUUGGAGUUUGGUGGACCAGUAAUGUUCCAAUGUUGUCUUUUUCUUCCAAAAUGUCUCCAUUCGACCUUUUCUGGAGUUAAUGUAUACUUCUUCUCCUGCAAGAAAAAAAAUCAAAUGGCUAAAAUCUUCCAUCACUUUGAUGCCUUAGGAAAGGUGAAUUUUAUACAGGUAGUCCUUAACUUACGACCGUUCGUUUAAUGACUGUUCCAUGCUGAAAAUGCUGAAAAAAGUGAAUUUCAACUGGUCCUUGCACUUACAAACAGUUGCAGCAUCCCCACGGUUACUGGAUCAAAAUGUGGGCGCUUGACAACCAGCAUCCCAGGAUCAUGUGAUCACCACUCUCAGUUUUCCCAGGAAGCUUUUGACAAGCAAAAUCAAUGGAAGAGGCUGAUUUGCUUAACGACCAUAGCAAAAAAGGUCAUAAAAUCAGGCGCAACUCACUUAAUGAUUGCAUUGCUUACUGAUACCUCUGAUGGUCGUAAGUCAAGGGAUUCCUGUACUAUGUUCACACAACCUGCUCAGUUCUGCUUUGCUUAAAAUGGUUUGCUGGCUAUGCUUUCAUGACACACCCCAGGUUAAUCAAGCCACGUUAACGGUUUAUUUGUUACGAGGACCCAAUGGUAAAAUCAGUUUCCUUGUGUUUGCAAACUCUAUUAACUGUCAAGGUUUUUGGAUCGUGUUUUAAAAACUGACCGGAAAAAGGAAUGUGAUACUUGAGGAAGGCUGAGAGAAAGGAAGACAAUAAUAAUAAUAAAAAAUUGGAAACUAGACUUAAAAAA